AUGAGCAGCGGACUCGCGCACAGAGCGCAAACCCCGCCGCUACGGCUGAAGCACCUGUACAGCCCCGGACAAAUACAGAAAUCAUCAACAGUGAUAAUGCCGAUGGUCAUGAUGCCGACGCUGAUACCGCACCAGAGCGACUUCCUCGGAGCUGCUGAAUUAAGUGGCUCCUCUAACGGCCUUACUGCCGCUUCGGGGCAGACUGCCACAAAUCAUAUGACGGCUCCAGUAAAUGGAGCUCCAGUCAUAGCUCAAGCCGUAGCUCCAGUCGCAUGUCCAGUUACAGCGUCCAAUGCACCUCCUUCUGAGUUGGCCGCACCAGCCAAAUCCCCUCCUGUGCAGCCCCGGGUGGUGCAGCUCUCAUCGCGCGCCGCGAUUUGUGACAAAGCUCUGGAGACAUUGCAGAAAGAUGACCCAAAAAAGUACGAGGUUCUCGACAAGGUACUCAAGAAUCUCAGCACUCCCGUGAACGACAAGGUUCGCGGAAUGUUCGAGCUGAGCGAAAGCAAACCAGACAAUAUCACUCUGUUGCUGAGAACGAAAGCCGCCUUGCCAAGUCUCGGCGCUAUCCAGAAGGUCGUGGCGCCCUUCGCAAAAGUGGAUCCUCAUAGUGUGGCUCCCUUUGUGCUUGCGGGCACCUUUUUCAUUAUCGAUGUCCUGCUUGGCAAAUUGUCAAUCGAAGAUCAACGAAAAAUACGAAACAUGCUGUUCGAAUGCGUCAAUGCUAUCAAUGAAUGGAUCUCCUUCGAAACGAACUUUGUCAAAAGAAUUCCUGCAGUCGAAAAAGAUGUCCAAGAAGUAGAGGAACUACUGCCCGACCUCUAUAAAUUGGCAUUGCAGCUCCUGUGUAAUCUACUGAUCGCUUGCGAUGCGUCAUGGUUAAAAACAGUUGGCAAUAAGCUCUCAGCCAAAAUGGUGGAAUGGCAAGAGCAAGUAGAGAAACUGAAAGAUCACCGCGCAAAAUGGACUGCCAGGAGGAAAGUAAUGGAAGAGGCACUGUCUCGUCAGGAGCAUAUUGCUAAAGUUCUCGACUGGAUCAAGAAAGGUGAUGACCCCGAACAAUCACUACGAGCGCUGAACGACCGAGCAACGUCAGAAGGGCGACAAAAAGACUCUGCAUCGUGGAUUCUCGACAAUCAGAUCUUUAAAGCUUGGUCACAAAACUUGUACCCUCCUGAGCCUCCUGUGAGCACGACCUCAGAUGUCGUGUCUAAACGUGUGUUGUGGGUUAGUGGAUCCUAUGGUGUGGGUAAGACCACAAUAGUUCAUCGCGUUGUCUCUGAACUGCAGAAAUUGGCUGAUGGCUAUCCCCCACGUGAUGACGUUAAGGGUCUGCAAGUCAUAUCUUAUUUCUGCGACACCUCAAAGCGCGCAAACUAUGAGACGGUCAUUCGGUCGAUCGGUCGAAAAUUGUCGCUCUUACCGGACUUCACUAUCGCGCGAAAAGCUCAGGAUUUCUAUAACAAGCAUACGUCAGGGCUCACGGCUACAAUCUAUAUCAAGGAGUAUGAAGACCUUGUGCGUGAUCUUUUGAACGAGCGCUCGAAGUCGUACAACAUCGUGCUGCUUAUCGACGCUCUUAACGAAUGUGAUCCAUUUCAGGACGCGGAGCGUCUAUGUGCUUUCAUAAGUGAGAUUGUCAGCAAGAAUCCUCAAGUUUGUGUUCUUUUCUCCUCGCACGAGCAAUUAUCCGGAAGUGAGCAGUUCAAGGAAAUGCAUCUUGAAAAGAUGGAAGUGGUUGAAACUGCACCGAGAAAUGCGCUAGAGGACUUCGUAAACACUGAAAUCAAGUUUCGGGAGGAUAAGCUGAAGGACAGCGGAAGCAUUUUCCUCAAUCCCAACCACGAAGAUCUGCUAGGCGAGCUUCGGCAGUCGUUGAUCGAUGGUGCUAACGGAAUGUAUGUCUGGGUCCAAAUCUGGUUGAAUAUCACGCUCCCUCUCCAGAAUAGUAAUACGACUGUUAGGCUCGACCGUCAUGCUCGGGAACUCCUCGAAGAUUUGAAGAAGACUUCCACUGGGGCGAAUAAAGCGAACGAACAGUUGCAGGCCGGUUAUCAGCGACUUUGGGACUCUGGAGCCUUGACAAGGUUUGAGGAAAUCCGAAUACGCCUGUUUCGCUUCGUUCUUUGCGCUUUCCAAGCUCUAGAACUGAGUACUGUUACCCAUGCAUUGCGCAUCGGUAUCGAAAAAGAUGGCGAAUCGUCAUAUCAAGAAGAUAUUCUUGUCGAGCAUAUCGACAAGCUCUGCUCAAACUUCCUUUCAAAGGACGUUUCUGGCCGUCUUAGUUGGACUCACGAUUCUGCAAGAGCCUUUGUUGUCAGAGUGAUUUUGGACCCGGGGACCGGUCUCGAGGGAACCAGCGCUGAGGAGACUUCGAUGAAAAGCAGUCAUCUUGUGGUCGCCAACACUUUCAUCGCGGUAAUGAAAGACUCCGACCAUCCGGUCUGGAAAGAAGCGAAUUUGGAUCCUUCUGAGUGGAAGCUACGAAAACAGGAUUCGUUCCUGCCCAUUGAAGGGCUGGAGAUCGAGAAAAUCCGGGAGGCAAAGAGUAGUCUGGAAUAUUUGGGCGAGCAUGGAUGGCGCCACUGUGAACUUGCUGCUGACAAGUACGUGAUCUCUGAUCCGUUGUGGACUAGAGUCUUGAAGGAACUGAUUCUGCACCACAAAACCGCAUUUGCUCUAUGGUGGCGAGUUUGGUUCAAAGACCCGUUGCACCGGUUGGGAAUCCGGCUACAGAAGCCUCGAGUAGAUUCUCGGAGAUUACGCCGGGGAGCGUGUUUUCCUGAUCCCACAUACUCUCGCCCUUUUGAAGCUUGA